AUGCUUAAAUGGCAACGCACGCAAAAAAUUAUGGAGCUUGUACCUCCCGCAAAAGCACCCUCCGAUGACAUCAGCACAUCUGAAGAUGAAGUUAUAAUCAAUAAUUACACAAAACCGAAAAAACAACAAUCAUCUGACUCAGAACACAACUACGAAUCAUCUGAACCACGUUCUUAUCCCUCUGAAAUUGAUGACUUAAGCUUAGAUUCACAUUCCGAAGAUGAGAUUCCUGCGACGCCAUCACCUAGGCCACUACAGCUACAAAAUGAAAGCAAGUCAUACUUACCCAAUUCCAAAGAAAAUUCUCGUCCGACGACGCCUCCAUCGCCAACUCCGCCUCAACAAAAUGAUUGCAACAUACCUGAAGUACCAUGUUCUGAAGUCCAAACUCCGAUUUCGUCUGCGUCGAUGCCACAAGAUAUAAUGAAUGAUUCCAUACUCCACAUACCAACAAUUCCCUUGUCUCCUUUAAUUAACCAAAUGUUUUCACCAGGCCCGUCAAAUCAGCCGCUCCCAUUCACACUGAAUUCGGUCUCAUCAGUAUUAUCACCUAACAUGUCUCCAGCAGCACCUAAUACACGUUCAAAGCGACGACAGAACACAAAACCUAAACACCCAGCGGCAAAAAAAGUAAAGAAGUUUCACACUUCAGAAGCUUUUGAAUAA